AUCAUAUGCGAUUAUUCGAAAGAAUUAGACGCUUUAAGUAUGUAUUAAGAAAAGAAGACUCUACUAUAUCUAUCACGCAUUCUAUAUAGCUCUAUAACAUACAUAAAGUUAAUUUUUUAUUCCUAAUUUUUUGUUUCAUAAAUUUCUAAUUCUUUUUAUUUCAUAAUUCUUUUAUAUCGUAUAAAAAAUAUGAUGUGGAAUAUUGGAUAUGUAAUAAAAGUUUUUUAUAUUAAAAGUUUUGACUACACCGCACAGAAAGUGUCAAGUUUAAUUAUUUUAGUUAUGUCACGCGUAAUUUAAUUGUAAGCUAAAGCUUUAGAUUGGGCUGAAAGAUUAACAAAAGACAGUAAACGUCAUUCUUUCUUCACAUAUGCACAGAUAUUAAAAUUAUAUUUAGUUUUGAAUGCCAUUGGAAAUCCACAUCUGCAAAAUAUAACAAUGCAAUAUUAUUCUGUGAAAAAAUUUCUUUUAGUAAACCAAUAGCAUCGACAAAUGCAUAUAUAUGAGUCACAUCGCCACAAAUGCCCUUGGUCGCGAGUUGUUAUUAAAUUUAACAGAACGGUUUGGGAGCGAAGCGAUAAAAGCGCAGCCAUAAACAAAUGGCAUUCUGGUUGGACUAAUUUAUUUAAGUCGUCAUCGCGGACUCGGCGAUCGUUUCUAUAGUCGAUCAAUAAAUCUUUGUUUCGCAAAGACGAGUAUUAUUAGGUUUGUAAUGCUAGCUAUUACGAGACACGCAAAUCGAUUUAGGAUCAAUUUAAUCAAUUUAAUUUAUGUAAAGUGUGGAGGCAAGUCUUUAUCUCAGUCGUAAUAUAAUUUGACAUUAAAGAAAAUGUAUGUUAUCGUAUUAUGUAUUAUCGUUUGAUGUACAUUUUGUUGUAGUAACGUUAUAAAACAUUAUUAUAACAAUGGAUAGAUUAUACUCUUUAUUCGGUUUUUAAUUGUCAGAAAAUUGUCGUUCUGGCGCGAUGACACCAAUACUGUGUAAGUUCGAUCAGGAGAAGUUGUAAAAUUACACAGCUUGUCUAAUCGCAAGCGAUGUUUUUAAAUAAUUGAAGCGAUAACACCGUGGUAGAAAUAUAUGUUCGAUGUACCGAGAAAGAACCGCUUACGCAAACAAAUCUGUUCAAACAAUCAUUUACGGCCCUUGAACGGAUACUUAUAGUGCGGCGCAGUGAGGAAUUUUGCGUGAAUCGCGUUAGCAAUCGUGCAGAACCAAUCGAAAGUUUCAGUGCUAAAGAAUAAUAUAUAAGCUCGCUUAUUUAAGCAACUUGUUCGGGGUUUGGGAGAUUCCGUUUGACCGAGUUUCAUUCGCUUCACCGCGCUUCCUCUCUCAAUACUGUAUAAUAUCUACCGGUGCGAUUACGCUGCAUAACCGGCUGAAUAUUGUUGAAGUCUGCACCGCUGGACUUGUCCAGGGAUCUGCUCGAUCUACGUAAAAACCUAUACUCGUUCGAGAGGAGAGAGCACUACAGAGAUUAGUCGGCGAUCUUGAUCUCUCCAAUCGUUUGUCCCUCAAGUUUUCAAGCUGGUCGCGCGACUCCAAAGUCGCGCGAAAUAGAUAAGCUCCGUCUAUCCAACGGAUUUAAGGUGGUUGCGAGGAACGCGAUUUUUCGAAAUUCGCUGACGACAGCAAGGCGAUCUAGCAAGUCCCGAAAGUACAUUCUGAAAGAAGUCAUGCGUUCGUGAACUGCAGUUUAUCGUAACGUGUAUGUGUGCGAUCGAGGGAGCCUGAUCGAAAGAAAGAUUGGAGAAGCUUCUCGAAGCUUGUGUGUGCACGUACCGUGGACGGAGCGAAGGGAACCGAAGGUGAGAACUGCCGACUAUAAGCGAGUCAGUCGCAUUCUUGGGAAAAAUAUAUCCAGCGCGUCCGCUUAUAUGGCAACGGAUUUAAAUGGUGCGGUCGCGUGGCAUCGAAGGAAAAACGCGACUUGUGAGAAAGUUGCAUUUCACACGCCGUCGAUUGAAUAUCGAUAAGUGAGUAUAUCGCCACGGCGAUUGUCGACGAACUCCAGAUACCGAUCGAAUAUAUUUACUUUCAAAUAGAAUAUUAAUAUCCUCUUUGUUUACAAAGAAAGUCCGUUGAACUUGGUGUCCCGCGUUCUGUGAAUGAUUCAUUAUUAGUAGUCGUGUGUGCGGUAUUUUCAUUAAUCCACUGGUGACUAGCGGAAGGCCAUCGGAGAUCGCGUUGCGGGAUCAAGGCAAUAGCAGGUGCUUUUCUUCAUCGCGAAGAAGAUAUUCUCUCGAUUACGGAGGAAACGAGGAAACUGCUCCAUUUUAUGUGUGAUCUCUCACCAGCUAGUACAAUCUAAAUCACUGUGAUUCAAGCUGAUUAUUGUCAAAGGUCAGUAAAAGAAACUUGCAGGCUAGAAGCAAUAUAUAGUCAUCGUAUUUUUAAUUAGAGCGUGGAAUAAUCUCUUUUUUGCGAAGCACAACGUACGUUGAACUCGAAGCUCUGUUUUGUGCGAAUAAUUUAUUAUUAGUAAGACAACUCGGUGUCAAUCACACUAUAAUUAUAAACGUGAGACAAACGACGUUAUUGCUGUGAACGCACGAAUUAUCCCCGUGAUAUAUCCUGCGGUUGUCCCUUCAACACGAAGCCCGAACAGUUAAAUCCGUUCUAAAAGGAGAAGCAGCUAUUAAGUCGGAGCCGCUCGGCCGGGAGAAGCCGAGGACGAGACGGUAUUCGCGACGGCGUUAGAGUAAGCGAAGCGACGGAGAGUGGAAAAGGGAAAGUCGGUGAGAGAGGAAGAGACAGAGAUAUAGACGGAGACCAAUAGAGGAAAAGGGAGAGAGAGAGAAAAACGAAUCUACGGUUCAAGUAUAGCAAACCGAUUUAGCCGGCGCAGCGUGCACGUGUUUCAAAGGAGGCAUAAAGGAAGAGACCGAGAGACCGUUUGCCGAAGCAGGAGAGCGUUUCAAGAUAGACAAAGGAAAGGAAACGGAACGAUAGACAGACAAGAAAAAAAAGAGGGAGAAAGAGAGAGAGAGAGAGAGAGAGAGACGAAGAGAAGAAAACGGAGUAGGAUCAGAAACAAGAAGAUACACCCUAUCCUUUUCGAAAUUCGUACACCCCGGGAUGGGUAAGAGUAGUCUAACGAACUCGCGUGCGGUCGAGAAUGUUUUUGACGAGGAGGCUAUUUUGAAGAAGUCACGAUGGCGCAAUCUCCUGGCCUUCUGGAUCCUGGGCCUGUGCAACAAUUACGGCUACGUCGUGAUGCUCAGCGCGGCCCACGACAUCCUUCAGUCCAAGUUCGGUGAUAAGGAUGCUCUGCCGAGCACAAAUGCCACGACCAACACAAACAACACGGGAAUUCGCACGUGUACCACGGUUUCGACCGGCGCCAUACUUUUGGCAGACAUUCUGCCAGCACUGGCAAUCAAGAUCACGGCGCCGUUCUUACCGUUUCUAGUGCAUGCUCGACUGGCUACCUGUGUGUUAUUUUCCGCUGCAGGAUUCCUCAUGGUGUCGUUGAGCACAACCGAAUGGCUCGCCAUUAUGGGCGUCGUCAUAACGUCGCUCUCCUCCGGCUUGGGUGAGGUUACCAUACUGAGUUACAGUAACCAGUUUUCCAAGCAAGUGAUCUCGACAUGGUCGUCGGGCACGGGCGGCGCCGGGGUGAUCGGCGCCGUGUCUUACGCCGGGCUCACCACCGUGCUGAGCAUCGAGCACACGCUGCUGGCCAUGCUAGCCGUGCCGCUUCUGCAGGCAAUCACAUUCUGGCUUAUCCUCGCGCACCCGGCGCACACCAAGAUCCCGAUCACUAAGAACGGCAUCGACAGCCAAGAGCAGAUCAUCAAGGUCCCCAAGAAGAGCUUCAGGGAGAAGAUCGGCUUGGUGCCCAGUUUGCUGAAGUACAUGAUACCGCUCGGGCUGGUCUAUCUAUUCGAGUACUUCAUCAAUCAGGGACUGUACGAGCUUAUCGAAUUCAAAGACAUCUGGCUGACACACCCCGAGCAAUACAGAUGGCUCCAAGUGGAUUACCAAAUAGGUGUAUUUAUCUCGAGAUCGUCGGUGAACCUGGUCACCAUCGACAAGAUCUGGAUCAUGGCCGUGUUGCAGUUCGUUAACGUGAUAAUCCUUCUCUUCGACACCCUCUACUAUUACAUACCGAACAUCUGGAUUGUUUUUGCCCUUGGACUGUGGGAAGGACUGCUUGGCGGCGCGGCGUACGUGAACACGUUCUAUCGGAUGUCGUCCGAGAUUCCGAAGGCGGAUCGCGAGGCUUCUCUGGGAAUUGCGUCGAUGGCGGAUUCAAUCGGCAUCGCGUUGGCCGGAUGGCUGUCCAUGCCCGUUCACAAUGCCAUUUGCGGGCUGCCGCAGCCGACGCGAUUGGGCAGCUAAAGAUAUCGCGUGGUGGUUCGCGUGUCGACCGAGUGAUAGCGAAGUUUUCACACACGAGUGGAACACUCUCGCUUCCAAAAGUUCCUCAACGCAACAUGCUGGCGAUUAGAGGCGAGGAUAUUAACGCGCGGCUUGUUUCUUUUAUUAAUUUACAAUUGCAUGUAGAUCAAAUGUAACUGUUCGACCGCGCGUACGCGGACCGUGAAGCGAUUAAAACGUUCCAGCCCGGUUAAAUCCAGCUCUAAUAGGUGCGUCUGAGUUGACGAAGUUUCGAGGAAAAAUUAACAAAGGAUGCACGCGACACGAUGGUGAAUUUUUAUCGUUACUUUAAUACUAUUUUAUAAUCAUUGUUAUUUGUUAUUGGAUUUUUUAAACGACAUUUUUUAAAGUCACGAUCGUGUCGCUCGCAGAAACUUUCUGUGUAGAUCCAUUUUAAGCACUUUCUAAGCAGUUUUGAAACUUAUAGAAUGUAUUACAAAUGUCCGAGCUUUAUUCGGUACAAACGUUUAAAAGAUUAGGAACAGGGGCAUAUUGCAGUACAUGUCGCAUAUUGAAUAUACAUAAUACAUUAUACGGCGAUGUAGCGAGUUACAUACGAAUACUCUCUGCGUUUUCUCGCUGCGGAACGAAAGAAUAAAUCUCUUUUGAAAAUAACUGUAUCUAGAUUCUGCGUAGAAUGUUUCAUGAAAGACUGCGCCUAAAUUUUUGAGCGAAUUGUACUGUAAUCAAGUCUAUUUCUUCCAUAGCGUAUCUAAAUUUUGGCUUGUACUUGCAGUCUUGUUUAGUGUAUAGUAAAUCGUAGGUAUAUUCUGAGAUUACUGUUAGUUGUUGAUUUUUUUUACAUUGUUACCGGCUUGCUGCGACGAAACGAGAUAUUACGCAAAUAUUUUCGUGCGUCCCCAAAGAUUCCGCACCGUCGAGAAUUGAUCGACGCCGAUAUCUCAGUAUUAGUAGCUACAAUAACAAAUUGAUGACCUCGCCGAUGGAUUAAAAAUCGUAAUAACGCACUUGGAUUACACCGUCUCCUUUCUUACUCACUUGCGAUUAGAUAUAAAAAUUACUAGUUCAAACUAUAUAUAUACCACGUUUCUACUUUUUGAUGUAUCGAUAACUUUUAUUCUUACUUUUAUUUUAGUCUUUUGAUUGAGAGAUUGUGAUUGUGAGUAUUAAUAUUAUAGACAUUUACGUCGAUUUUAAUAAAGUCAAGAUUACAAAUA